AUGUCUUCCCAACGCACUCGCCAAGACACCGACGAGAUCGCCGAAACCCCCACCGGCUCCGUCGCAGCCCCCGGAAGCGACGUAGGCAACAACGAGACCCAGACCGACGACGAGAACCUCGAAGACAACUUCGGCCUGGCCGACGAGGAACUUCACGUCGUCAGCGAGAGCGCCGCCGAGGAAAUCACCGUGGCCGCCACUAAACACACUGGUGACCAGCAGGACACCACCAUGUUCGACGCCGACGAGGCUGACAAGGCCCACGAAGCCCACGCCGAACCUACCGAGACGGUCGAGGAAGACCAGCACAAGAAGACCAGCAAGGGCAAGGCCAAGGCCAGGGCCAAGAAGAGCAACCCCGAGCCAGUUGACGAAUCCAGCGAGGAGGAGGAGUCCGACGCCUCAGCCGUCGAGGCCACUCCCGCCCCCAAGGCUAAGAAGGCCAAGGCUGGCAAGAAGUCCGGCACCCCAAAGAAGAAGAAGCGUGCCGCUACCAAGGUCGAUAGCACCCAGGUCCGAGACGCUAAAAAGCGCGCCCAGGACGCGUUCGCCUUCUACCCGGACGAUAUGUUGCUCGAGGAGAUCGAGGCUUGUCUCGACAACUUCACUGGCCCAGCCACCCCCUCCUCCAACCUGUUCAUUCGUCGCGUUCAGGACGCUUGCAAACGCGCCUACACCGCGUACAACAACAACGCCUCGUACACAGAACACUUGCCGUCCCGCGCCCAGGUUCUCGCAACCGUCUUUUACACUGGCGACGGUCAGGUCAACGGUACCAUCGCGGGCCACCUCAUUGCUGUUCACCGAGCCGACCUCCUCUCAGUUCCCCCGCUCGUGAAUAUCAGCUACAUGACCGCCACCGAUACAACCGCUCGCAAGCAACUCAAGAAUAUGGAAAAGGCGCUUCAGGCUUUCGAAGGUGACGUUCACGGAAUGAACGAGACGGUCACCAAGAAUGUGAAGAAAAUCGUUGACGGCGUCAACGAGGAGAUCAUCCCUCGCCUCAACGAACUCGACGAGAAAGCCCAGUCCACCGUCGACGUCGCGAGCGUCAACGAUCGCCUCAAAGCACUCGAAGCGACUGCUGCCAGCAAGGAAAUGAUCGCCGCAGAGGUCAACCGCGUCAUCGCUACCAAGGAUGACGAAAUUGCAGUCCUCCGCGGUAAGAUCGUGGAACUGCGCGAAGCUGUUGCCAAGUUGCAGAAGGGCGACAAGCGCGUCGCCACCGAGAACAUCGCAGGCCCGGCUAAGCAGAGCCGCUUUACUGGCGGUGACCUGCUGGAUCGACUUGGUGUGAGCACCUCUAUGCGCACCAGCCGAACAAUAGAAGUUUUAUCUUGCUCUCCAAUAGCCCGGGAGCUUGCUCCCCGGAAACAGGGCAAGACGCUGUCGUUCGAUCAUGGUUAUCGCAUCAUUGCUGCCCUGGUUCAGGCUACCGGCGUUGAGCGCCGACCUCCAUGCGACCGAUGUGCCCGUUCAAAUGGUCCGUGGAAGCAAUGUAUUGUAAUGCAGUCCGCUGAGGGCUUACGGGCUACGAAUGAUGCUUCUUUCGCUAGACGUUCGGGUGUAUCCUUGGGCUUGAUCGGACAGCCACCAGGUACUCUCUCUGACUCUUUCUCUGCCUUGGAUCGAUGGGAGAUAGAACUGGAGACUCUCGGUAACCCUGGUAUUACCUCGCGUGCAUCCACACUGGCCAGAAUGGAUGCUUCUGAGCUGGUUACUCAUUACAAAGACGUUACAUCCCGGUUAGAAGCAAUCCACGCCUCGAUAGCUCACUUGACGAACGAGUGCCAGCUAUUAGGCCAGCAGGUUUCGGAGGUUUCCUUGGUCUUGUCUUUCCAGCGGACAUUCGAGCAAUGA